UUUCGCAGUGUCUUUCAGCCCAAGCCGAGAAUGAUGGCAGACGAGCCGCGCCGUGAGCCGCGCAGCAGCAUCAGCCUCCUCCAGCCGCCCAAGGCGAAGCGAGCCAUCGUGGACGAGGCGCCAUUGGCAUCGGCCGAGCACUCGACCGCCCGUCAGCAGUCUCUCGCCCAGCGAGACGCACUCACGAGGUACUUCAACGCAGCGCGUGCAUUGUACGUCCAAGGCCCCGUCGACCAUGUAUGGCUAUCGCUAGAGAACCCGUAUGGCUUUGCGUCCUUCAACACGUCCGACGUGCUGCGGCAGCUCGUGUCGCCGCUCCGGCCAGGCCAUGUCUUAGAUGACUGGACGCCCAGCGACAUCUACCUCUUUGAAGUCGGCAUGCGGCAGUUUGGCAAGCAGUUCCAUCUCAUCCAGCAGCUCAUCCCGACAAAGGACACGCGGCAAGUCAUUGCGUUCUACUACCUCUGGAAAAAGUCGGGUCUUGCCAAGACCGUAUGGAUGAAGACGGCGCCAGCCAAAGACCCGUUCGGGAUGAAGCUCAUGAAGCUCGAGCGUCAAAAGCACGGCAUCGUGCCGACGGCGUACGACCUCCUCAGCGACGGCGACGACGACACGGUCCUUGCCGUCAAGCGCCAGUCGCUGCAGCAAGCCACCAAAAAGCGCCGCAUCGAGACGGCCGUCGCGCCGCCGAUCGUCGUGGCCAAAAGCGUCGAGCACAUGCAAGACGUUCGUGCUGUCGUCACCGAGUACUUUGACGCGGUGCGCAGCUUGUAUACGCCGGCACCCAUCGACACGCGGGCGCUUGAAGCGUCGCUCAAGCAGUGGGGGCUGGACGGCACCACGCUCUUGCGACCGACGAUCGCGCUCCUCUCCAGCCUUCGCCCCGUCCACGUUCUCGACGCGUGGACGCCCAAGGAACUGAGCAUCUUUGAGAUCGGUCUCGAGCUCUACGGCAAGCAUUUCCACUUUGUCGCGCAGCUUCUGCCGCGCAAGUCGACGUCCGACUGCAUUGCUCUCUACUACAUUUGGAAAGCGGCCAACCCACAGUACGCGACCUUGAAGCGCAAGCGGCCACAGCCAUAACGCCGAACACAAACGCGGCGGUGCAUGCUCCACCGUGUUGACUGUUAUCGCUCCGA